AUGGCUCAAGCAUUCACUCCAGACUCAGCAAAGCGAGCAACCCGUUACCUUGUAAUCGGCGCUGGGUCCCGAGGAAAUGCUUAUGCCCGUGCCGUCACAAGAACAACACCAGGUACCAUCCACGCCGUUGCCGAGCCACACGCUUUUAAGCGGCGCGAGUUCGGCCAGAACUAUAUCUGGGGCGCGCACGGAUCUACAGAGGGGCAGGAGUUCUCAGACUGGCGUGAAUGGGUGCACUGGGAAACAGAGCGACGGAAACAAGCCAUCCAAAACACCAAUGAUGCAACUGUGCCACUGGGCGUAGACGGCGUCUUCAUCUGCACAUUAGACGAGACCCACGUCGAAAUCAUCCAAGCCAUUGCCCCACUAAACCUGCACAUUCUCUGCGAGAAACCUCUCGCCCUUUCCCUGGACGACUGUUUAACCGUCUACCGGACCCUGCAACCACCCGAGGGCGUAGCCCAGCAACCCCGGGCCCCGACAACAAUCUUCUCAAUUGGACAUGUCCUCCGCUACAGUCCGCAUAACAAAGUACUUCGCAAGAUCCUCCUCGAAGACCGCGCUAUCGGAGACAUCGUCUCGAUCGAACAUACCGAGCCCGUCGGCUGGUGGCAUUUCUCACACAGCUAUGUCCGCGGCAACUGGCGCCGCGCGACAGCCGCAGGAGACGGCUCGCUUCUAACAAAAUCAUGCCACGAUAUCGACUUUAUCCUGUGGCUGCUGUGUUCGCCUGUCUCGCUUGAGAAUGCAGAAGACGGCGGCUUGAAACCGCAUUUGCCGCGGAGUAUCUCGUCAGCGGGCUCGUUGACGCAGUUCCGGCGCGCGAGGAAACCGCUUGCGGCGGGUGGUGCUACGAACUGUCUCUCUUGUCCUGCGGAGAGGGAGUGCAAUUAUAGUGCCGUGCGGAUCUAUAAUAAUCGGCACCUUGCGAAGGGGCAUACGGGGUGGCCGGUGGAUAUCGUCUGUCCUGAUAUCGAGGAUGGGUAUAAGGGGAAAGGGGGAGUGGGCGCUGCGGAGGCGCGGUUACUUGCUAAGUUGGGCGAGGACUGGGAUGUUCGGACGCAUUCUGAUGCCGAGAUAGCUGGGCGACCGUGGUAUGGGCGGUGUGUCUAUGAGGCGGAUAAUAAUGUUGUUGAUGAUCAGGUUGUUACUAUUAAGUGGGAUGAUGAGGUUGGUUCGCCGCAUCGGCUGGCGAAGACGGCUUCGUUUCAUAUGAUUGCACCGACGGAGAGCCAGUGUUCGCGACGAGGUCGGGUUUAUGGGACGAAGGGUGAGAUUGAGUACGAUAGUCUUAGGAUCUCGGUCUAUGAUUUUGCGUGCGCGGAGACUACUGUUCAUGAUGUACCGAAGCCGCCGCCUGAGAGGGCUGAGUCGCAUGGUGGUGGUGAUUAUGGCCUCGCGGGUCAGUAUGUGGCUGCUGUUGAAGCCGUGGUGAAUGGGGGAAUGGAUAUCCAGACUGCACAGGCUAGAUUCGUGGGGUGUACAUUGGAGGAGGCAGUGCGAAGCCAUGCAGUUGUCUUCGCCGCCGAGGAGGCGAGACGUGAGGAGCGGGUGGUUCAUUGGGGAGAUUGGUGGGAGGAGAAGUUGAGGGCUUCAGCUGUUGGGUUGAAGGUGUGA